AUGGUGCUGGCCCAGAAGGAGAGAAACAUUAUCGAUGGCAAUGAAACCAUUGUUUUCAAUAAGUUUGGAAAUUUGUUCAUAGCCUUUGUUGUAGAGAAUGAAAACGAGAUGUAUGUGCUCUCUUUGAUAAACAACCUUGUGUCGAUCUAUGACAGGUUCUUCACUAAGGUUUGCGAGCUACAUUUUAUAUACAAUUUCAAGGAAACACAUAUAAUCCUAGACAACUACAUAGUGAACGGAAAAUGCAUUGAAAACGAUCCAUUUGAGGUAAUGAAGCAUGCAUACUAUAUAAAGUAG